GCUCGGCCCCCUCCUUCCCGCUCGCCUCUCGCGCUCCCCGCUCUCGCGCUCUCCGAGGCAAAGCGCGCUCCCGGCCCGCGCGCUCCGGGCUCCGGCUUCUCCCGGCUCCUGUCAGUGCGGUGACUGCGCUGGGAAACAUGGCGACCGAGGGAAUGAUCCUCACCAACCACGACCAUCAAAUCCGUGUCGGAGUCCUCACAGUGAGUGAUAGCUGCUUCAGAAAUCUUGCAGAAGACCGCAGUGGGAUAAAUCUUAAAGAUCUUGUCCAAGAUCCUUCUUUGUUGGGUGGGACUAUAUCAGCAUACAAGAUAGUACCAGAUGAAAUAGAAGAAAUCAAGGAAACUCUGAUAGACUGGUGUGAUGAGAAGGAACUUAAUUUGAUACUAACAACUGGAGGAACAGGGUUUGCACCGCGAGAUGUCACUCCAGAGGCCACAAAAGAAGUAAUAGAACGGGAAGCACCAGGGAUGGCCCUGGCCAUGCUGAUGGGAUCACUUAAUGUUACACCUCUGGGCAUGCUCUCUAGACCAGUGUGUGGAAUAAGGGGAAAAACUCUGAUAAUUAACCUACCUGGUAGCAAGAAAGGAUCUCAGGAAUGCUUUCAGUUCAUACUGCCAGCUCUACCUCAUGCCAUUGACCUUUUACGUGAUGCCAUUGUAAAAGUAAAGGAGGUGCAUGAUGAACUUGAAGAUUUACCUUCCCCACCACCUCCUCUUUCUCCUCCUCCUACAACUAGCCCCCAUAAACAGACAGAAGACAAAGGGGUUCAGUGUGAAGAAGAGGAAGAGGAAAAGAAAGACAGUGGUGUAGCUUCAACAGAAGAUAGUUCCUCGUCACAUAUAACUGCAGCAGCUAUUGCUGCAAAGAAGCAUCCAUUCUACACCAGUCCUGCUGUUUUCAUGGCACAUCAUGGACAGCCCAUCCCUGGUAUCAUCAGUUAUUCCCAUCAUGCAACAGGCAGUGCAGAUAAACGGAUUCCAGAUUCCAUCAUUUCUCGUGGUGUUCAGGUGCUCCCACGAGACACAGCCUCCCUCAGCACUACUCCUUCAGAAUCGCCCCGUGCUCAGGCUACAUCGCGUCUCUCUACAGCUUCUUGUCCCACACCAAAAGUCCAGUCCAGGUGCAGCAGCAAGGAGAACAUUCUCAGAGCCAGUCACAGUGCUGUAGAUAUCACCAAGGUGGCUAGAAGACAUCGCAUGUCUCCUUUUCCUCUGACAUCUAUGGACAAAGCCUUCAUUACAGUCCUGGAGAUGACUCCGGUGCUUGGUACAGAAAUCAUCAACUACCGAGAUGGAAUGGGGCGAGUCCUUGCUCAAGAUGUAUAUGCAAAAGACAACCUACCCCCAUUCCCAGCAUCAGUAAAAGAUGGCUAUGCUGUUCGAGCUGCUGAUGGUCCAGGAGAUCGUUUCAUCAUUGGGGAAUCCCAAGCUGGUGAACAGCCAACUCAGACAGUAAUGCCAGGACAAGUGAUGCGGGUUACAACAGGUGCUCCAAUCCCCUGCGGUGCUGAUGCAGUAGUGCAAGUGGAAGAUACUGAACUUAUCAGGGAAUCAGAUGAUGGUACUGAAGAACUUGAAGUGCGAAUUCUGGUGCAGGCUCGGCCAGGCCAAGAUAUCCGACCCAUCGGCCAUGACAUUAAAAGAGGGGAGUGCGUUUUGGCCAAAGGAACCCAUAUGGGCCCUUCAGAGAUUGGUCUCCUUGCAACUGUGGGUGUCACAGAGGUGGAAGUUAAUAAGUUUCCAGUGGUUGCUGUCAUGUCAACAGGGAAUGAGCUGCUAAAUCCUGAAGAUGACCUCUUACCAGGAAAGAUUCGAGACAGCAAUCGGUCAACACUUCUAGCAACAAUUCAGGAACAUGGUUACCCCACAAUCAACCUGGGAAUUGUGGGAGACAACCCAGAUGACUUACUCAAUGCCUUGAAUGAGGGUAUCAGCCGUGCUGAUGUCAUCAUCACCUCAGGAGGUGUAUCGAUGGGAGAAAAGGACUAUCUCAAGCAGGUGCUGGACAUUGAUCUUCAUGCUCAGAUCCAUUUUGGCAGGGUUUUUAUGAAGCCAGGCUUGCCAACAACAUUUGCGACUUUGGAUAUUGAUGGUGUAAGAAAAAUUAUUUUUGCACUACCAGGAAAUCCUGUAUCAGCUGUGGUCACCUGCAACCUCUUUGUUGUACCUGCACUGAGAAAGAUGCAGGGUAUCUUGGAUCCUCGGCCAACCAUCAUCAAAGCCAGGUUGUCGUGUGAUGUAAAGCUGGACCCUCGCCCAGAAUACCACCGGUGUAUACUGACUUGGCAUCACCAAGAACCACUGCCCUGGGCCCAGAGUACAGGUAAUCAGAUGAGCAGCCGUCUGAUGAGCAUGCGCAGUGCCAAUGGAUUAUUGAUGCUACCUCCAAAGACAGAGCAGUACGUGGAACUCCACAAGGGCGAGGUGGUCGAUGUCAUGGUCAUUGGACGGCUAUGAUGUUCACCAACAGGAGAAAGCUUUGAUGCAUGUCCACAUAUCAUUGACUGUAUCCUGUAAUAUGCAACGGCACAGCUAGUUUUUCUGAUCUGGAUAAAAGUUGAUCUGUAUAGUCAACAUCUUGAACUAUAUUUCAAAUGAAUUUAAAUACCUUUUAAAGAAAAAAAACACACCUAAGAAUAAAUCUUAACAGACAACUCUAUUCUGAUUAUAUCAAAGCAAAAUUUUCCUUUCUUGCGAAUUGCUUUGUGUGUUCAAUGCUAGGUCUGAUAGCGAUAGCUUUUAGUAGACAGCGGUAGGUGCCUGCAGAACUUGUGUUUUUCUCAUCUUUAAAUACAACUACUUAUGCUCUUAA